AGAAAAAUUGAUAUAGAUCCGGAUAUUCUUGAUAGAGCAUUUUCCGAUAUUAAAAAACGAAGAGAAUUUUUAGAUAACAUAUUAAUAUAUAAUGAAGUGUUGAAUGGAUAUGUAGAUAGUGAGACGGAUACUUCUGAUGAAUACGAAUCUAAUGAUGAAUUAAGUGUGGGGUUAACUCAUAAAGAUGCUUUUAAAUUGGUUGCUGAAAUGUGGGGCGAUAGCCCAUUAAAUCCAAAGAAUGCAUCCCCACUUGUUUAUAAAG